AUGAGAUCCCAGAUCGCUAUGUGGCAUCGCCUGCAACUUCUACUCCACGAUUUUCUUCAGCCAACGUCAGCCCGUUCUGCAAAAAGCUCGCCGAUUCCGCCAUCACUGCAAGAAGCACCUCCAAUAUCACGCCAUCGUAAUAAAGGACUGGAAACAUCAUCGGCGAUGAUGGAGCUAUUCGGUGGAGGCUCGUCGUUCGGCACCACAUCUGUUUUUGAUCAGAUUCCUCAACCACGAGAGUCACGCAAUUAUCACAGAAAGAAUGUGCUAGAGAAAGAACUACAACAGCUUUCUGAUUGGGAAACUGUAAAGCUCCCACCAACAAAGGGUCCUUUCUUUUCAGAAAUUGAAGACCACGGCCAGGCUUACGAACGAGCGAGAAAGCGUGGGAAUUGGCGUUCAACGACCAGCCAUUUCGACCAAGUCACGCAACCUGGUCCUGAAAUUUUUGAAGAUACUAGCAGUGCGCCUGACACGGAGCAACCUAUCGACUCGGAAGCUUCAGCAGCGGCCGGCAACGUAUCUGAGCGCGAGACGCCGAAAUUGGGAGAUGAUUGGAAGGAAGCGAAAGAGGAUGUCUUAGGGACGCCAGUGCUAUCCGAGGAGGAGAAACAAAGAAUGAUGGAAAGUGAGCCGGGCCCAGAUCUCGGUGACGAUGAGGAGGCAGUGACCGUGGGCAGCAGUGAUUCGGAAGCGGUCAAGGGACGGACCACCGACGGCGAUUCGCAGUCAGAGGCAGACGGCGAAAGCUCGGCCGCCACGAGAGACACAGAGGAGGCGGCCUCCGCAGAAGGCGCAAGCGGCGGUGGCGGCAUGUCGCUGAUCAUUCGAGGAGCGCAAGUUGUCAACGACGAUUCUGUUUUCUUUGCUGACGUCAUCAUCCAGGACGGAGUUAUCAGGAAUGUCGGUCCAUCGCUGGAAGUCCCCGCAGAUGCAGAAGUUCUGGAAGCUGCGGGCAAGAUGCUCCUUCCUGCCGGCAUCGACGUCUACACCCAUCUGAGUGUUCAAGAUUCUGCCGAUGACUUGGCAACCGGCUGCAAAGCUGCCAUUGCUGGAGGCACCGCUACUGUGAUCGACGUAGUUUCUCCAAGGACAGGAGAAUCCCUGACCUCCUCCUUCUUCAGAGUCAAGGAGGGUCUUUCCUCGUCACUGUGCAACAUCGGGCUAUCGGUUCUCGUACAACAGUGGUCAGAUGCAGUUCGGAAGGAGAUGGAGAAGCUCGUCUCAGAAGGCGUUAACAGCUUUAUCAUCAACGUCGAGGGUGACGAUAUUCUUUUCCAGGUGCUGGAGCAUUGUAGAACACUUGGUGUGCAUGCUCGAGUUUUGCCUGAAAAUCGUACCAUCGUGCCUUAUUUGGAGAGGAAGAUGCUUGAUCUAGGAAUAACAGGACCUGAAGGCUUUUUACAGUCUAGGCCAGAGGAGUUGGAAAGUGAACGCGUGAACAGUUUGUGUGUGUUGAGCCAGCUGAGCAAUUGCCCGGUUUCGAUUUUGUCGGUUUCUUCAGCUGAAUCGUUAGCUGCUUUGGAACGGGCACGAUGUUCAGGAGCUUUAGCUCAUGCCGAGAUUGCGAGUGCUGCAGUGGUGGCUGAUGGAAGUCACUAUUUCAACAAGUGCCUAAAGCAUGCAUCCACGCAUAUGACCGAGGUUCCACUGAGAACAGAAGGCUCGAGCAAAUUGAUUUCUGCGUUGGCAAGCCAGCCUCUCGCGGUCUGUACUUCGGGUCAUCGUGCUAUUUCAACGGAUAGUCGUUUGUGUGCGAAGGAUUUCACAGCUAUGCCAAGGGCAUCAGUAACAAUAGUGGGUGGCCGUGUGGCAUGGAAAGAUGGCAAAAUCCAAGAUGUCAAAGGUGGUUUUGUACAGUUGUCGCCUAGUAGCCCAUACUUGUUCAGUGUCGUCCAGCAAAGAGACAAGAUCAGUAGUGCUGAGAAAGUCGACCGAGGCGACGUAGCAGGUGCAUCAUCAAAUGGACAUCUUCCGAGGCGUGGGAAUCCGGAGCCGUCACCGUUUGAUCGACCGCUUCCAAGAAAAUCACAUAUGGAAUCGAAUAUCAGUUUCGGCGUUGAUAGCCGACCAGCGACGACACGAGUCCGAAAUCCUCCGGGAGGUCGAACGACAGGGUUCUGGUAG